ACAAACUGUCUACAAUAAUUGUAUAACGCCAUAUCCGCUAGGAUCGUAGCUUGCUAGCUUGCAGCGUCUAAGUACACGUGUUAUUGAAUUAUAUAAUUGCUUAGUUUUAUUUACAAGUGAUAAAAAAUAUUAUUACAUUAAGAAAAAAGUCUCUUGAACAUAAUAUAAAGAGCGGCAUAGAUCAUGGUGGGGUCACGUGUCUAUGUUGGCGGCCUACCCUUCGGAGUACGGGAAAGAGAUUUAGAAAAGUUUUUUAAAGGAUUUGGGAGAAUCAAAGACAUUCUCAUCAAGAACGGUUAUGGAUUUGUGGAAUUUGAAGAUUAUAGAGACGCAGAUGAUGCUGUGUAUGAAUUAAAUGGAAAAGAAUUACUUGGAGAAAGGGUGGUGGUGGAGCCGGCGAGGGGCAUCGACCGCAGCGCGGACCGCUACCGCCGUGACCGCUACUACGAACGAGACCGCGGCCGGUCGCGAUACGAUGACUACAAUUACAGAUACGGCCCGCCGACGCGCACGGAGUAUCGACUUAUCGUCGAAAAUCUGUCUAGCCGCAUUAGCUGGCAGGACUUGAAGGAUUAUAUGCGCCAAGCCGGCGAAGUAACUUAUGCUGAUGCUCAUAAGCAACACAGAAAUGAAGGCGUGGUGGAGUUCGCGACUCACUCCGACAUGCGCGCGGCGAUGGAGAAGCUGGACGGCACGGAGCUGAACGGGCGGCGCGUCCGGCUCGUGGAGGACCGGCGCUCGUCGCGCCGCCGCACGCGCUCGUCCUCCAGCCGCUCGCGCUCGCGCAGUCGGGAGAGACGCCGCUCCAGUAGAUCUCGCUCCCGCCGAUCGUCUCGCUCGCGCUCCAAAUCUCGCCCGAAGAGCAAGAGUCCUGAAGCCAAGUCCCGGUCGAGGUCCCGAUCUAAGGAUCGCAGCCGUUCGAGAUCAGCUUCCCGUAAGUCCGAGCGUCGGUCAGAGUCCCGCCAGUCCCGCGAACGCUCCGCCUCUCACAAAUCACCCGACCGAAACGGAAGAAUGUCGCCGUCCCGCUCAAAGUCAAAGUCAAAAUCAAAGUCAAAGUCAAAGUCCCGCUCGCCGAAACAUGACUCCAAGGAGAGAUCUCGCUCUCGCAGCAAGGACGCAGCUUCACCGAAACGUGAGGAGGAACGCCGCGAAAGCAAGUCCCGCUCCCGCUCCCGGUCUCGGUCGGCGUCCCGCGAGCGCUCGAUGUCCCGCGACCGGUCCCGCUCGGCCUCCCCGCGACCGAACGGCGACGCCCCCGAGCGCGCCAGUACUGAACGCUCUCCGCGCAGCGGCGACUAAAACUAUAGAUAUAAGACUUAAAAUUAUAUUUCAUAAAUUUAUGUGUAGUCUUGUGAUCUCGUGACUUAAUUUCCUUUUCGACGGUCCUUUUGAUGGACUCCGGUCCUAAAUUGCACGGUGACGCGCUCUCCUGGCGACUUGGUCAUUAAUCGAAAUGUAAUGUUUUAAGAAAGGUCACGGAUAGAUUAUGGAAAUGUCAUUGUGGGCUAGUGAAUGUUGUUGUAAAAUGCACAUUGUAGGCAGUAAGUGAUUGAGAAAUAUUUAAUUUACUGAUAUUUUAUUACUGCUUUUAAAUACUUUAAAAUAUUCUAAUUUAGUUUUAAUUUUAUGAGAUGUGCAAUUCUAAUUCCUAAACAGUAAAGUUUGUGAAAUGAAGAGAUAUUUUAAUAAAUGAUUUUAAUUAAAAUCUUUCUAAAAUUGACAAAUUACAGUUACUGAGAAAUAGUACAUUUAUUUACCUUAUUUUAGGUAAUUAGAAUGAAUUGUCAUUGACACCCUAUUGAAAUAGGUUAAGGUAUUUUGUAAAUACUGUAUUGUUUAUAAGGCACCAAAAAAUAAAUAAGGUUUAAUUA